AUGGUAGAUGCAGCUGCGAGAAGCAUUUUAAUGGCUAAAAUAGCAGAGGCUGCCUAUGCUUUAUUGGAUGACAUAGCCACUAACAGUUACCAAUGGCCAAGUGAGAGAUCAAGCGUAAAGAAAGUAGCAGGACUUCAUGAAGUUGAUACCAUCACAGUACUAGUAGCUCAAAAGGCAGAUUCGGUUAUGAGUGCUUCUUCAUCACACCAAGAGACAGAUGCUGCAAACGAGCAUGCCCAAUAUGUCAACAGGCUAAGGAAUCACGAGAACUUGUCAUAUGGCAAUAAUAGAAACACACUUCAACCUCCACCCGUAUUCAACACUCAGAAUUCUGAAGGGAAACCAUCCUUGGAAGACAUCCUUGGGACAUUUAUUUCUGAGACAAGAUCACGCUUUAACAAAGAUGAAUCACGGUUGGAUAAUAUUGAAACACAUGUGUCCAACAUGGGAGCUACAAUGAAGAAUCUUGAAGUGCAAAUUGGUCAGCUGGCUAACUCAAUAAAGUCUCAGCAACAAGGAAAAUUUCCAAGUGAUACAAAAGUCAACCCAAAGGAGCACUAUAAGGUCGUUGUAUUGAGGAGUGGCAAGGAAGUUGGAGAAAGUGAACUCACCGAAGAUAGCAACCCCACGCCUGACAAGGAAAAAGAACAAGUGAUAGUAGAGCAAGAAAAGCAGGCUAAAGGAACAAAUAAGGCUCAUAGACCUUACUCCAUAUCCUUCUUAGACAACCCACCAAUUCUCACUAUACCACUUCCAUUUUCACAGCAUGCUUUGGAACAAAUGCCAAACUAUGCAAAGUUUAUGAAAGAAGUGAUGUCAAAGAAGCGAAAAUUGGAGGAAUAUGAAACAAUAAAAUUAACAGAAGAAUGUAGCGCCAUCGUUCAAAAGAAACUUCCUCAGAAGAGAAAAGAUCCGGGCAGUUUCACUAUUCCAUGCACCAUUGGAAGCUCUUCUUUUAAAAAGGCCCUCUGUGAUCUUGGAGCAAGCAUCAACCAAAUAUCGUUAUCGAAAACGUUCUUGGUGGUGACCCUACAACUGGCUGAUAGGUCCCUCACAUACCCACGAGGGAUUCUUGAAGACGUGCUAGUAAAGGUCAACAAAUUCAUCUUUCCAGCUAAUUUUGUGGUAUUGGAUAUGGAAGAAGAUCAGGAAAUCUCAUUGAUUUUAGGCAGGCCAUUUUUAAUAACUGGAAGGGCAUUAAUUGAUGUGCAAGGAGGACAUUUGACAUUGAGAGUGAAUCAAGAAGAGGCGAGGUUCAACAUCUACCAAGAAAUGAAGUACUCAAACGACACUGAUACUUGCCAUAGGAUUGACUUCAUUGAUUCUGCUAUGAGAGAUGAGAAAGCAUACAUUGAGGACCCCUUGGAGUAA